AUGAUGCACCACAUGAAGCAGGAGUUCGAUAAGAAUGCUGCCCUAGUCUGUGAUGUGGCAGCUUACAAUGCUGCUAUUAGAAAUUUCUGUAUUGCAAAGAGGAUUGGGGAUGCCUAUGGUUUGAUGAAUGAGAUGGUAAAGAAGGGGUUGAGCCCAAAUGCAACUACUUAUAAUAUUUUGUUGAGGACAUUUUAUUGGUGGAAUGAUUUGAUAAGUUCAUGGAACUUGUACCUGAGAAUGAGGGAAACAGGGUGUCUACCAAACACUCAAUCUUGUAUGUUUUUGAUCAGGUUGUUGAGAAGGCACGAGAAGGUUGAAAUGGCACUUGAGCUAUGGAAUGAUAUGGUGGAGAUGGGGUUUGGCUCUUAUAUAUUGGUCUCUGACGUUUUGUUUGAUUUGCUUUGUGACAUGGGGAAGUUGGAUGAGGCUGAGAGGUCUUUCUUGCAGAUGGUGGAGAAAGGGCAAAAACCAAGUAAUGUUUCAUUUAGGAGGAUUAAGGUGCUUAUGGAAUUGGCUAAUAGGCAGGAUGCUCUUCGUAAUUUGUCAGAGAAGAUGGCUCUUUUUGGCGGAUCUAUUAAACUUGCUGGGAGUGAAGAGAGUGACUUGGAAACAUCAGGCUCCAUGACUUGCUGA